AUGGGUUUACUAUCUUCAACUAAUGUUUUGUAUGCAAGAAUAGCAGUGCUAUUAACAAUUGCAUUUUUUUGCCUAAAAGAUGUUAAUAGCAUUUUAGAAAAUAGCUAUUUUAUUGUAUUGACAGAAGCUAUGGAUUUACCAGCUUUAGUCUUAUCUCCAAUGAGUGCCCAGUUAGGGUUAUUCUCUGUUUUGUUUAGUUUUGCUGCUAUUCAUGAUUUAAUACCACUGUUGGAAAAUAACAAAAUGUUCUUUCAAUCAAUAGUGCCAUUUAGAUUGAUGGUAUUCUUUAUUUUGACAGCUACUUCUUAUCUAAACAUCAGUAACCUCUAUUUGCAUAAUAAUGCAGUAUUCAUCUAUUCAUUUGUCGAGGUAUGGUUAAAUUUCUUAAUAUUCAGUGCUUUAAGGGAAGAAAGAAAUGAAGAUUUUAAACGUAAUCACCAGUUUAUGUCAGAUGCAUACGAAGAAGAAGAAGAAGAAAUUGAAAUGGAACAAGAUAUCAUGUUGACAACUGCUGAAGAAAUAGAACAAAUAGCUCUUGAAGAAGAGGAACAAGAAGAAGAAGAAGAAGAAGAAGAAGAAGAAGAAGAAGAAGACAACCAGGAAUAA